AUGGCCACUACCCGCGCCAAAACUGGCAACAGCAAGCCGCGCGUCUUCGCGCAUGUCGAGGAGGUCGUUGCACCUAAGAAAUCUACCAAGGCUAAUACGAGUAAGCCUCGUGCUAAGAAGGUGACGACGGGUAGGGUUGAGAAGAAGAAGCCAGCGCCUGCGACCAAGAAAGCACCGCCCAAAAAGAGCGCGCCAAAGGCCGCAAAGGCGAAGGUUGAGGGCAAGCUGGAGAAGGUUAAGGGUGAGGUUGAAGGGAAGCCAGGGAAGAAGGCUGCGGGCACCAAGAAAGCCGCUACCACCAAGAAGGCCACUCCAAAGACCAAGAAGGCAUAG